ACGUCUGCAGCUCCCCCCACCCCUCCCCUGUCAAAUCAAAUAAAAUAGAAAAAACAAAAACAAAAAAAAAAAGGAAAAAAAUGGCCAGUGGGAGUGGUUUAUUUGAGUUUUGCAGUUUAUUUGUAUUUUGCAGUGCUGGCAGUAACAACCAAGCCCCAGUAACAACUCUAGUGGCAAUAAAAUAAGAAUAAAGAUCACAGGUGAAGGGCCUCAGAAACAGUGGGCGUGCCUAACCUGGAAAACUCAGCAAGGAGGUUGGGGAGAGGGCCAGUGCUGAAGAGGAACAGAGGCAGCACCAAUGAGGAGACCAGCAUGGCAGCCAUAUAAGCCAAGCGGCCCAGCCCAAGCCCUACUGUGCCCCAGGAUGGCAGGGGCGGGAAUAAAGGCUGUGCUCCUGAUAGUGGCUCUUCUCUGCCUGGAGGGAGCCUGGGCCUUAAAAUGCCACAACUGCAGUGAAUUCUCUGACACCUGCUCCAGACCAGUAGAAUGUCCCAGAAGCAGCCAAUACUGCACCGUAGAGAAACUGAACUAUGAAGACUCAGGUGUGAUCGUCAGUGCCGUGGACAAGCGGUGUGUGGAUUCUUGCCUGUUGUUGGAGCAAUCCAGAGUCUCCGGAAUCCAGGACUUGUAUUUCUACUGCUGCGCCACUGACCUGUGUAACAGCGCCAGGGGCUUGGGGCUGGAUGCUGCAACCAGUGUACUGAUACUUGUGCCUCCUGUCCUGGCCACCCUUUUGGGAGCCUCUCUGUGACCAAAGGUGUGAACAAUGGGCAAACUCUGGGAUGUCACAACUCUAAGUGCUGCCUCUCUCAGGCUGUGCCAGAUACCUUCCCAUCUUUGACCCUGCCUGUGUCUCUUCCAGGGUCCUUAGCCUUUGGGGCUGCUUGCCUCUCUCCUAGGAGACUGACUUUUCAUCCCCUUGGUCCAGAAGUAAGCCAGAAGUAGAGCAUGUUGGCCUGAUGUGACUAACUCUGAAGCUCCCUGGGUCAGGUUCUGAGCCCCUGCCUGAUCUCUCAGCUAUGCUAGACCUUCAGGGACACCUCCAGAAUAAAACUCAUGCAUGUGGGGUCUGUCUCGAGGACUGCUUGCAAAGAACCAAAUCCAUAACCUGGAUCACAUGGAUGAGGCCGUACGAGCAGAGUUGUGUGUGUCCUCUCAGUUGAAAAUCCCAAUGUAUUUCAUGCUGUGGGAGUAUUAAACAGAUUCACUCUG